UUUUUCGGCCGCAACAGAGUUAAUUUUAGACACGGGUGUUUGAGAGUGAUUGGCAUUAGCUGAAGAUUAGAACAAGCUGGCGGCUGAGUUUAUACCACAUGUAAUAAAACUAUGAGAGACUAAUUCCCAGAAGGUUCAGUAAUAUGAAGAUGACCCUUUGACCCUACUACAUCUUUUCUGAAACAGGAAAGCAUUUAUACUAUAUACCAAGUUUAUAUUAUAUGUCCAUUUCUUUAAGAAAAAAGAAAAAAAUAACUUCUGCAGCCCAAACUGAGCCUAAUACUAUCACUUGGCUUCCUAGCCAUAGGUUUCAAUUACUGCUAGAUUUCUUCAUUGGUUCCUGUUGAUAGUUGGUCCUUAUAUAUGGAUGCACUUCUUCAAGGUCUUUUUCGUUCAAUAAAUGAAAUUAAGCUUCACCACGCAUCAGCUUCAGUAAUGUCUAAUCAGGAUCUUGUAGAAGGGUUUAAAGACAAUCAUGAAUUUGCUAAUCCACCUUUCAAUCUUCCAACCAAUCUACACCCUCCAAGUGUAUCAAGUUCAUCUAAUUCAGGCUCAAGCUUGGAUGGAGAUUCAUCUGAGAACAGUAGCUUUUCCAAUUCUAUUGUUCUCAACUACAUAAGUGAGAUACUUCUAGAAGAAGACCUGGAGGGUAAGCCUUGCAUGUUGCAAGAUUGUUUAGCCCUUCAGGCUGCUGAAAAAUCCUUCUAUGAUGCCCUUGGUCAAAACUAUCCCUCCUCACCCAUGCAACCCCAUCCUUGUUUCAAUCAAAAUGCUGAGAGCCCAGAUGAUAGUUUUGAACAAAGUAGCAGUAUUGUAAGCACUGGUAGCUAUACUGCUGUCAAACACUCGUUUGAGUUCAAUUUUAACCAUGAUCAAAGUAACUUAAAAUCCACUGAUAAUAUACCUUCUCCAUUUGACACCAGUGAAAACUCCCUUCUAGUACCACAUUUGUUUAGUGACAUAAAGUCGGUUAAGCAGAUCAAGCAAGGGCUUCCAAGUGGUAGCAAUCCGUUUUUUGAUUGGGAGAGCAACCAACCAGUGCCUCCAGAGCCAAAGGAGACAAUUGGGGAGGAAGUACCUAAGGUACCAAAGAAUGGGAGCACACUCAAUGGGUCAAGGGGACAAAAAAAUCAUCAAGACAGAGAUAAUGAUUAUACAGAAGAAGGGAGGAGAAACAAGCAUCCAGCAGUUUAUGUUGAAGAGCCUGAGCCAACAGAGUUGUUUGAUAAGGUAUUGCUUUGUCAGCCUACUGUUGAUUUUGUAUCAUUUACUCCUCAUGAAGCAGCAGCAUCACAAAAUGAAGGAAGUGGGAAGACAAAGAAAAAUGGGCGAUCAAAAGGAUCUACUGGUAAAACAACACGUUCGAGGAAACAAGUUAACAAGGGGGAGAUAGUAGAUUUAUCUACUCUGCUAACUCAAUGUGCUCAAUCUGUAGCAAGCAAUGACCAAAUGACUACAACUGAGCUACUUAAGCAGAUUCGGCAGCACUCUUCUCCCUACGGUGAUGGAACCGAAAGGAUGGCUUAUUACUUUGCUAAUGCCCUCGAGGCACGCUUGGCUAACCAGCGUCCAUUUUAUAUGCUCAUUGCAAGUAAUGAGUAUUCAGCUGCUGAAAUCUUGAAAGGUUACCAGGUAUAUAUUUCAGCAUCCCCAUUUAAGGCAAUGUCAAAUUUCUAUGCUAACAGAACAAUACUGAAAGUAGCAGAGAAAGCAAAAAGGCUUCACAUUAUUGAUUUUGGCAUUCUCUAUGGUUUCCAAUGGCCCUGCCUUAUCCAACGCCUCUCUGUUAGACCUGGUGGACCUCCUAAGCUUCAUAUAACAGGAAUUGAAUUUCCUCAACCAGGCUUUAGGCCCGCAGAAAGGGUUGAAGAGACAGGCCGUCGCUUAGAAAAUUACUGCAAGAGAUUUAAUGUCCCAUUUGAGUACAAUGUCAUUGCAAAGAAAUGGGAAACUAUUCGAUUGGAGGAUCUGAAAAUUGACAGGGAUGAAUUAAUUGUUGUAAACUGUAUGUUCCGGUUAAAGAACAUACCUGAUGAAAUGGUGGCAUUGAACAGUCCUAGAGAUAUUGUAUUGAAAUUAAUCAAGAGAAUCAAUCCAGAGAUUUUCAUUCAUGGUGUUGUUAAUGGGUCAUAUAAUACUCCCUACUUUCUUUCAAGAUUCAAGGAGGCACUCUUCCACUUUUCUGCAUUGUUUGAUAUGUUUGACGCCACUGUACCUCGCGAGGACCAACAUAGGAUGUCUUUUGAGAAAGCGGUACUUGCAAGGGAUGCUAUGAGUGUCAUAGCAUGUGAGGGCUUAGAGAGGGCUGAAAGGCCAGAGACAUACAAGCGGUGGCAAGCUCGGAAUCUGAGGGCCGGUUUCAGGCAGCUUCCACUAAAUAUAGAGCUCUUGAAUGAAGUGAAGAGAAGGGUAAAGUUAGAUUACAAUAAAAAUUUUGUGAUUGACAAGGAUGGUCAGUGGAUGCUUCAGGGAUGGAAGGGGAGAAUUAUCCAUGCUCUCUCCUGUUGGAAACCUACUCAGGAGUAAAAAUUGAUGCUGCUUAUGAGUUAUGACCAGUUAGAAAUGGUAAUUUAUGAGGUCCUAUGGGCCUCUUCUUUUUCCUGUUUCAUAUUUGUAUCACAUUCAUAUUGGCAUAAUCAUUGCUGGUGCCUUUUUUGCUUACUUAGCAGAUGUAACAAAAAAAAUUCAGUGUAUUGCAGAGUUGCAGUCAAUGUCGAAAUUCAUGCAUUCAA